AUGAGUCGUUUCAUAUCCUUUAUUGGUGUUGCGGGAGUGGUGUUGAAGCUACGAAGAGGGUGGCCAGAAGCUAAAAUGGCACAUUUGCAAGAAGUGGAUCGAAGCAAGGGUGAAUUCAUCCGUUUGGAGCGCGAAUCUGUCAUUCCAAUUCUGAAGCCUAAGCUCAUAAUGACACUGGCCAAUCUUAUUGGUACUGCUUUUUGUUCGCACUUUGUUGUGUGCUCUGAUUGUGUUGUGGUUGUCCUUGGAAUUGAGAAACAUAGUUCUGACCGGGCUGAGUUUUUGAAGCUUUCCAAGAGAAUAGAGUACACAAUUCGAGCUUGCUUAUUUCCUUUCCGUCUCCAGCAACUUUACUCCCUCUUUGACCCUGUACACGGGGCACAAAAGUUGGAACAACAGAAGUUAUCUCUCGAAGAAAUUGAUGUGCUUGAACAGAAUUUCUUGACAUACCUUUUUCAGGUAAUGGAAAAGAGCAACUUCAAGAUAGUGACUGAUGAUGAGAUUGAUGUUGCACAUUCAGGCCAAUAUCUUCUAAAUCUUCCGAUUAUUGUUGAUGAGUCUAAGCUUGACAAGACACUUCUGAAGAAAUAUUUUGAAGAGCAUCAUCAUGAUGAACUUCCAGAUUUUUCUGAUAAGUAUGUUAUCUUUCGGCGUGGCAUUGGAAUUGAUCGAACAAAUGACUACUUUGUCAUGGAGAAAGUGGACAUGCUUAUUGGACGUUUUUGGGCAUAUCUGUUGAGGAUAACCAGUUUGGAAAAGCUUUUAUCCAGAAGAUCAAGAAGGCGAAACAAGAAAGAUCCAAAGGACAAUGAAAUUAACUCUGAAGUAGAUGGGCAGGACCUCUAUGUUGAGCGGAUACGUCUUGAAAAUAUGCAGCUAAGUUGCCGUAAUUUGCUGGGCAAGACCUUAAUCCAAGAACCGACAUUUGAUAGGAUUAUUGUUGUCUACAGGAGAGCCGGAACCAAAUCAAAAGAGGAACGAGGAAUAUUUGUGAAGCAUUUCAAAAACAUUCCGAUGGCUGAUAUGGAAAUAGUUCUUCCAGAAAAGAAAAACCCUGGAUUAACUCCAAUGGAUUGGGUCAAGUUUCUUGGAUCAGCUAUAGUUGGGCUGGUUGCUGUAGUAAGUUCACUAGAAAUGCCUUCAGCUGAUUGGUGGGUCAUCAUCGCCGUUCUCUCCACAGUUAUUGGUUAUUGUGCUAAGACAUACUUCACAUUCCAACAAAAUAUGGCUCAAUACCAAAAUUUGAUUACGCAGUCAAUGUAUGACAAACAACUUGACAGUGGAAAGGGUACACUUCUUCAUUUAUGUGAUGAUGUCAUUCAACAGGAAGUAAGUCCCAGCUUGAUACAUUGCAUUUUUAUUGUUUUCCAAAUUAAGUCUAGUAUUGAUAAUUGUUAG